AUUAGCAGUUUAGCACACUAAUAAAUGCCAUUAAACUAACCUUGGUUGCUACAUACACGAUGAGCCGCCAUAGGAACCCAGCACAAACUUGCCCUCCCACUAAUCAACUCCCCUAUGGCUAUGGCUAUGUACCAUCACCACCAGCAGCCACGCCUCCAACUUGGUCAUCAUCCCCUUCCCACUCCGGCACCAUGCGCUACAGGGGCACGCGUCUCCGAAGUGGGAAGUGGGUGUCGGAGAUAAGGUUACCACGUACCACAAAGCGCAUUUGGCUGGGGACAUACGCAACGCCUGAGAUGGCUGCUGCUGCUUACGAUGCUGCUACUCUUGCACUGAGGGGCCCCGAAGCCCAUCUCAACUUCCCCAAUUUCAUACUCUCUUACCCUAUUCCUGCUUCAUUCUCCGAUGCUGAUAUUCGCGCUGCCGCUGCCGUCGCCGCCUCCUUCGUCGAUCAGUAUAGGACUACCACCGAGGCGCCACCAGCGAUUACUACUUCUGCUGUUGCUGAUGCCUAUUCCUACAACAGUUGUAUCGGACAAGGAGAAGGGAUGAUAGGAGAUUAUUUUGAUGAGGAUGAGCUGUUGAAUAUGCCGAGUGUGAUCCAAGACAUGGCCAGAGGACUGCAGAUUAGCCCCCCAAGGAUGCCUUCUUUCUACUCCGAUGAUUCCUCCGAUGACAUUUAUUCGGACCUGUAUACCCUUUGGUAAAAAUAACUCCACACCACACCAGAGGAUCGGAUGAGGAUAUAAUAAUUAUUAUCAGAAUAU